AUGGCGCGGUCCCGGAGGACCCCCCCCGGGGGUGCCCAGGACUCGGAGAGGGCGCCUCAGACUCGACAAGCUGGACCCCCUGCUCCUUGGGGGGGCAAGCGCAUGACCCCCCCGCCCUCGCGCUGCCUCUGUUCCCCGAGCGCGGCCACCCAGUGUUGCACAAACCCGCGCGCCCCGGCCGCCCCUUUAACUCUCUUCCCCCAGGAGCUGGUGGGGAUUGGCUGGAACUUGGCCGUGAGUCACAAAGCCAUUGUGGCACCAGGGCCCCAAGGCUGGCCAUUCGGGCUGGCAGAGCUGACCCACCCAGGAACCAAGACAAUGCAGGAAGCAACACAGCUACAGUUGUCACCUGAUGGGCAGAGCUUCUACCAGCCCCAGUCUGUCUCUAAUAUCCAAGACAGAGCAAGGACACUGAGUCCACAGCCUCAGCACGAGCCACUUGUGUCCAGGGAGACCCUUCUGCAACAGCAUGACAAGGACAAGAUGGUGUCUCGUCACAUCCCACACCUACGGGCUGUGGUUGAGAGCCAGGCCUUCAAGAACGUCCUGGUGGAUGAGAUGGACAUGAUGCUCUCCCGUGCAGCCACCCUCAUCCAAGCCAACUGGAGAGGCUACCAGCUCCGGCAAAAGCUGAUCUCCCAGAUGAUGGCAGCAAAGGCCAUCCAGGAGGCCUGGCGACGCUUCAAUACUAGGCGUCUCCUCCGGUCCGGGAAGUUGGUGGAAAAAAAAGUGAGCAUGGAGGAGGGGGACAUCCCUUACCAUGCCCCCCAGCAGGUGCGGUUCCAGCAUCCUGGAGAGGGCAAGCCCCCUCUGACCCAGCCUGUCAUGGUGAGCAAAGAGACCCAGUUCCCUUCCUCUGACAGCCUGGCUGCCUACACCCACCAGCUGGCCCUGUUCCAGAGCCAGAGUACUCUACAGCCUGGCAUGCAGGCUCCUUGUGCCACUGGGGGCUCCAGCAUCACCUUCCUGCCACACCAGACCGUUGCCAUCAGACUUCCAUGUCCAGUGAGUCUAGACACAAAGUGCCACCCAUGCCUGCUGACCAGACCUGUCAGAAAUGCCUGCCUUGUCCAUGUAGAAGGGGACACGGUGAAGGCCAAGCAAGUAACUGCCAGAGUCAACAAGGCAGGAGCCCCAGGGCCUCCACCAUGUGGAAGGUAUGCUCAGGCCAUUCAUGGAUCACUCAAGACCCAGACCCAGGCCCACAUGGAAGCAGAGGUCCUCAAAGCCCCACCCCAAACAGGCCCAGCACCUGUGAUGAACAAGACCCCACCUCAGAUGUAUCUGGUGGCCACAGUGACCAAGACCCCACCCCAGCCAUGUCCAGUGCCCACGGUAACAAUAGCCAAGACCCCACCCCAGACAUACCCAGUGUCCCGGGUAACCAAGACCCCAACCCAGAUGUACCCAGCAGCUGCAAUGACCAAGACCCCACCCCAGACAUACCCCGCAGCCGCAAUGACCAAGACCCCACUCCAGUCAUGCCUGGCAGCCAUGAUGAACAAGACUCCACCCCAGCCGUGCUCAGCAGUAACAAUAACCAAGGCCCCACCCCAGACGUACCCGGUAGCCCCAGUGGCCAAGAUCCCACCCCAGACAUGCCCAGUGGCUGCAAUGGCCAAGACCUCACCUCAGGCAUCCCAGCCAGUCACAAUGAUCAAGAGCCCACUUCAGUCAUGUCUGGCGGCCAUGGUGAACAAGACCCCACCCCAGCCAUGCCCAGCAGCCCCGAUGUCCAAGACCCCAAUCCAGAUGCGACCAACAGCCUCAACGACUAACACUGCACCCCAGACACGACCGGCAGCCAUGAUGGCCAAGAUCUCACCACAGAUAUGCCUGUUGGCCUCUAUGAUCAAGCCCACAACACAGGCAAGGCCUGUGGCCGUGACGACCAAGACUCCUCCCCAGACGUGCCCAGUGCCUGCUGUGGCCAGGACUCCAACUCAGAUGCGCCCAGCAGCCCCGAUGACCAAGACCCCACAGCAGACGUGCCCAGCAGCUGGUGUGGCCAAGACUCCAUCUCAGACACUCCCAGGGGCCACAGUGACCAAGACCCCUCCUCAGACGCGUCUGGCAGCCAUGGUCACCAAAACCCCAGCCCAAUUUCGCUCAAUGGCUGCCAUCCUCAGGACCCUCUGCCUGCCACCUGCAGCAGCUGGAAAUCUGAAGUCUUCGCCUCCAGCAGUGGCAGCAGCUGGAAUUCCCAACACCUCAUCCCACACAUAUCUAAAUGGACCAAAGGCCAAGGCUGUGGUGAGCACAAAGCAGACAGCAGGCAUGGUCAAGAUCUCUUCUCACUCAUACCUGGCUAAUGGAAAGGUCAAAUACUUUUCCUCACAUCUGGGAGCUGGGGCCCCCAAGGCUCCAGCCAGACCACCUUUGGAAGCUGAAAAACUCAAGGCCGUCUCCCAGAAGCAGGUGAAAACAGAAACAAUGUCUAAUACCACCAUAGCCAUUGAAAUGCCCCGGGAUUCACCCUGGGCAAAAGUGGCUGAGGACAGGAGCAAGUCCUCAUUACAGACACACCUGAGGACGGAUGUCGUGAAGGUUCAGUCGCAGGUGUAUAUGCCCAUAGAAACAGCCGUGGUCCUGCCCCAGGCACAGUUGGCCACAUGUCCAGUCAAGGCCCUGCCCCAGACACAUCUGGAUACAUGUCUGGCCAAAGCUCUGCCCCAGGAACGGCCGGCCACCUGUUCAACCACAGCCUCGUCCCAGCGACAGCUGCUUGCAGAACUGACUGCGGCCUUGCCUCGGGCACAUCUGGGCACCUGUCUGGCCAAGACCCUGUCCCAGGCACAUCCAUCGGCCAAGCUGGCCAAGGCCCUGUCCCAGGGACAUCCACCUGCUGAGCUGACCACAUCUCAGGCUCAGGCACACCUGGGCUCCUGUCUGUCCAAGGCCCUGUCCCAGGCACAUUCGCCCUCCGAGCUGACCAAGGCUCCGUCCUUCGCACAUCUAGGCACGUGUCUGACCAAGGCACAGUCUCAGGCUCAUCUGGCUACAGGAGUGAUGAAGGUCCAAUCUCAGGCACAUCUGCCCACCGGGCUGACCAAGGUGCAAUCCCAGGCCCAGCUGGUCACAGAAACAGCCAAGUGCCUCUACGCAGCCCACCAACCUGCUGAGCUCAGCAACAAGACCCAGUCGCAGCCGUUCCUGGCUGGGUUCAAGGCCUCCACCCAGCCCUGCCAGCACGUUGGUGCUCUUGGCCCUCUGCCCCGACCCACACCAGAGGACAGACUGACCCAGAUCCAGCCCCAUGACUGUGCUCAAGGCAAAGCCACCCAGGGCCCACGCCAGGGGGUCUCUGAGGCCCAGAGCACGCUAGUGCCUCUGCUGGCGUCUGCCGGACACCCCGCAUGUAACGUGGAAUCCUGGGGUGAUAGCGGGACUACCCGGACCCAGUCAUCGAUGGCCAGCCCUGCCAUACCCUGCCAGGAAGACCUGGCGACCUCCCAGCUGGCCUCCCUGUGCGCGGAGCUGGCUGCCGAGCUGGGCUCCCAGGAGGACCUCCGUGCCCUCUUGGCAAAAGCCCUUUCCCAGGGGCAAGUGAGGGCAGCCCUGAACCAGGCUCUGUCCAAGAAAGUUCUGGGCGCCACGAUGGCCAAGGCCCUGCCCCAGGGCAUGCUGGGCGCAGCGCUGAUGAAAGUGCUGUCCUGGGGCGAGCUGGGCCUCGCCCUGUCGCGCACCCUGUCCCCCAGCGAGCUGCGGGCAGAACUCACUAAAGCCAAGCAGGGUAAACUGGUGGACGUGCUCAGCAAGGCCCUGACAGAGGAGGAGUGGGCUGCUCUGAGCCAGGCCCUGUGUCAGGGGGAGCUGGGCGCUGUCCUGAGCCAGUCUCUGUCUCAGGCAGCCCUGAGGACUGGAGUCUUCCCCAAGGCCGCCUCGAAAACAGCAGGAAGCAGGUUGACUAUGGUCCCCGCCCCGGUGGAGGUGGACUACAGGGGGAGCCCAUCGGCCGCGUGGGGGCCCAACCUAGGCCUCGUGAGACCACAGCCCAGCAAGGGCCCCGUGGAUGCUGGCAUAGCUGGUGGCCAAGCAUGGAACUCUGCCGUCCCCAGUGUAGCGGUUGGGCCCAUGAGCAGCGCAGUGGCCCCUGGUGGCGCGUGGGAUCUGGCCAGGGCUUCUGUGCCAUGGGACACCGUGGGCAGAGAGGCAGCAGCGGAUCCCAGACAGUCGGGGGAGCUGGUGGCAUCGAUGCAGGCUGUGGAGAAGAUAAUCAUCCAUGCUGUGGUCACUAUCCAGGCAUGCGCACGUGGCUACCUGGUGCGCCGUACCGUCAAGGUGUGGCACCAGUGGGCCAUCAUCAUCCAGGCUGCCUGGCGUGGCUACCGUGUGCGGCGGGACUUGGCCCGGCUCUCUCGAGCCGCCACCACCAUCCAGGCUGUGUGGCGAGGCUUCCUCACUCGCCGGCCCGAGACUCAGCAAACCAUGCUCCCGGCCACGUGGUGCAAAAUGGGCAGCAGGACCAGGUCAGCAUCCGACCACCGCUGCUUCCAGUCGUGCCAGCCACACAUCUGCGCCCUCUGCCAGUCGCUGAGUCCCAGGCUGGGGAGCCCGCCCAGCGUGGUGAUGCUCGUGGGUUCCAGCCCCCGCACGUGCCACAUGUGUGGCCACACGCUGCCCACUCGGGUGGUGCACGGCAUGGGCCGGAGCUCCAUAGUCCAGGCUGGCUUGCCGUGGGGCUGCGCCACCCAGAUGAAUUCCCGGAGCCCCCAGCUGUCCCGUCGCCGGAUUAAGGCGGCCACGGCCAUCCAGUCGGCCUGGAGAGGCUUCAGCGUACGCCGCCGUCUGAAGCAGCAGCAGAUGGCAGCCAAGAUGCUUCAAGCCACCUGGCGCGGCAAUCGCACCCGGGCCUCCCUCACUACGGACGCGCUCUUGGGGCCGGCAGCGUGGGACAGCUCGCAGCACAUGCAGUGGCCAGGUGUCUAG